UUAUUUCUCAUCAGUAAACAAUUAUACUUUCCACAAGACAGUAAAACUAUCCUGAAUAUAAAAUGGAGACUACAACUGCUGUUCAGAAGGACGCUAAGAGUAUCGGUCAAUCUGUCAAAGAUACCACAUCAUCUGCCUGGGACAGCACCAAAGAUACAGCAUCAUCUGUUUGGGACAGCACCAAGGACACCACAUCAUCUGCCUGGGACAGCACCAAAGAUACAGCAUCAUCUGUUUGGGACAGCACCAAAGACACUGCAUCAUCAGUUUGGGACAGCACCAAAGACACUGCAUCAUCGGCUUGGGACGGGACCAAGGAAUCACUGUCAACUGCUAAAGAGAAUACUAAAAGUGUUCUAGAGGAUGCCAAAGAGUCUGCUUCAACUAAGAAAGAUUCUGUCAAGGAAAGUACUCAGAGAACGAUAGAUUGUGCAUCUAUUGACACCGAGACUGCUCUCUAAACAACCAAGGAUAAAUCUAAAAAUACUGAUGAAUCUACUAAGGAUCCAUAAAAACUUUAAAUGCUUAUGAUGAUUAAAAAUGUUUAAAUGUUUAUAUUGUACUUAAGUUUUCAUGAUUAAUAAA